AUGCCAGAGUGUCCGGGUCCUAACUGUAAGGAGCAUGCUGGUGAGUUUGGUGCAGAUAGCUGCGGAAUACUUAAUUCAGCCUAUGUACUUGCUGGUCUUGCUAUGAUGCUUAACAUUAGGCUUUCAUAUAGUUCUGCACCAUAUGCACUUAUUAGAUUUAAGUUGCCUGAGAAUCUUUUUAGUGUCUUUGUUAGAAGAAUGGCAAGUGCAUUAGAACUCUGGUGUCUGCCAAGUAUGUUACUGGGCAACAUAAUGGACCUAAUUCAGAAAGGUCUCUACAAUAACUUUUUUCUUACAAAGACACUCCAUGUACUCAAGGACAAGGCUGGUGGGCAAAAUAAUCAGGGACUCCGAGGAAAGGCCGGUGAACUAUACACUAAAGCUGAGGCCCUUAAAACAGCAGUUGGUGCUGGAGAAGGUAGUUCAGAAGCCCAAGAGCUUAUGAAUGCUGUCGGUCAAGAUGAAAACAGUGGAAUUCGACAGGCACUCGCAGCACUUGCUACUGCGGGUGGUGCUACUGAUCUACCUACUAAGGCCAAUACUGUUAGAACUGAAUACAGCACAGUCAGUGGUAAAUUCGGUUUAGUUCAGAACCUUAAAGACAGUGCAUAUAAAGACAAGGGUGAAGCAUAUGGCAAUGUUGAGUCUGCAUGGAAUGAUUUCAAUAAACUCUAUAAAGAUGCCAUAUCUCCUGACAAGUAUUAUAUCACUGUUAUUCCUUCCAUCAUUUGUCAAUGGUUAAACUUCCUAACAUACGUAAUUCUAUUGGUUGUAUAUGUUAUGGGUGGUGACCAGGGUCAUCUAACUCUAUUCUACUUCGUUAUCGCAAUAUCUGGCGUUGUUUUUGGUAUUAAUAUGACUCUAGUUUACGCCGUAGAUUGGCAAUAUACUACUGUAUAUAUUGCUGGUGAGAACUGUUUUCCAGCUCUAACCUCAUUCAUUCACUACAUUACUACACUGAUGUUUGGUAACCGUAGGAAGUGGAAUUCAGACUUCAUUGUGGUUUGUGUGGACAUUGUGGUGGCAAUCGUAAUAUCAUUUGCAGCAGCAGUGAUGUGGACACUAGGAUACGUAGCAUAUGUUGAAGGUCCUAGUGGUAAAGGUUAUAGUUAUGGGCACAUACAUGCUGAAGGUUUCGGUGGUGGUAGUAUUAAACCACAUGUGGUAUCACCUUUUCUAAUGAUAGUUGUCGGUAUGGGACUAGUCUACGCUAUCUAUCCUGGUAUAGCACCUGGUAUGAUUGUGCCAUUCUAUCUAAUUGAUAAGAUUGAGAUGGUACUUCUGGUAGCUACCAUAUUUCCACCAAUGAUAGUGGUCAUACUCCAAAUCACUGAUAAACAAUCUACUGGUACUAAGCAUUCGCCCAAAUUCUGGCAGGGUUGGGGGGAACAUAGUCUUUACUAUUGGCACUUAGUUGAUCUGUUGAUCGUUAUUAAGAUCACUCUAGCCAGUAUGUUUAUAUAUUCACUUCAUUAUAAAGAAUCUUCACUAUCCCGUUCCAUAAUUAAUCAACCCAAAAUGUCCACAUUUCUCUCUAUUACAUUCUAUAUGUGCCAUGAAUUCCUACUAGCCAUAGGAUUCGCUGGCCAAAUCAGCAAUGGGCCAGAAUAUGUGUUGAUCCCUCAAUACAUUGGCGCUCUAUUUAUGAUCUUCCUAGCAUUUUAUUCAGAAGGAUACAUUAUAGAAUAUAAAAGUCAUGAUCCUGCUCAUUGGCCCACAGAAGGUAUGACGUGGUGGAACGCGUUCUGCUAUUGGUGUAAACGAGCCAGCAAAAUAACAAACCUCAAUCUUAUAUCUCUAUUUAGAAAUUAUUUACUCAGGGGUUUUGUUUUUUUUCUAAUUUUUUCUAUUUAA